CCAUUUUGGCUCAAGCGAUUCCUAUCUAGGCGGCCACAUCACGCGGCGGCCUUGCGAGCAUUCGCCCCCAGUCAGGCUUCAGCUCGACCAAGAGGCUCAUUCGGCAGAAUGCGUGAGGCGAUCUGCAUCCACAUUGGCCAGGCAGGAGUGCAGAUUGGAAAUGCAUGCUGGGAGCUCUUUUGCCUCGAGCAUGGCAUCCAGCCCGACGGCCAAAUGCCCUCCGAUAAGACAAUCGGGGGCGGUGACGAUGCCUUCAACACGUUCUUCUCCGAGACUGGUGCCGGCAAGCACGUCCCCCGCUGUGUGUUCGUCGACCUAGAGCCCACGGUGGUCGAUGAAGUGCGCACAGGCACGUACCGUCAACUGUUCCAUCCGGAGCAGCUCAUUUCUGGUAAAGAGGACGCCGCGAACAAUUUCGCGCGCGGGCACUACACAAUCGGCAAGGAGAUCGUCGACCUCGUGCUCGACCGGAUCAGGAAGCUGGCCGACAACUGCACCGGCCUCCAGGGCUUCAUGAUCUACAAUGCCGUCGGCGGAGGCACAGGCUCCGGGCUCGGCUGCCUGAUGCUGGAGCGCCUGUCCGUGGACUAUGGCAAGAAGACGAAGGUCUCCUUCACCGUGUGGGCGUGCCCGCAGGUCGCCACCGCGGUGGUGGAGCCGUACAACACGGUGCUCUGCGUGCACUCCCUCCUGGAGCACACGGACGUGACCAUCAUGUACGACAACGCUCAUGCUCACGCUCAGCACACAGGGGACCCGCCCAUGCUCAGCUGCAGCGUCUUCGAGGGUAACUUCAGGAUGCUCCCCUCCCCGGAGGGUCAUGGGAUGGCGGGCAAUUCAGUUUUGUGCAAGCUAGAUGGCGACGCGGGGCUUUUUGGCAUCGUCAUGUGGGCCAUCCUGUUGGCUCUCGGGGUGAAGCAUUUCGGGUUCUUGGUCAUGCUCGUCGGCAUGGUCCUCUUCUUGAAUUUGGUGUGCAUGGAGUGCGGGUACGGCAUCAUCGUGGUGCUGCUGUUCCUGGGGCUGCUCGCGACGUCCUGCUCCUGCAGGAUGGCGCUGCGGACCAGGUUGAGGCAGAAAUUCCACCCGGCUUAG